AAUUACAGAAAGUUCUGGAAAAUUGAAACCAAAGGAAAUCGAAAGAACGAGAAGGUCAAUGGCAGAGGGUGUAGUUGGUUUGGGUGUUUCUUCUUCUUCAACACUUCGUUCAUUCUCUCUUAGGCCCACAUCGAUUAGUCGAUGCCACACUCCCAUUGCUAAUAUCUCUUUCUUUCGCUCUCAUUCCCCUCAUUUUGGUUACUUGGCACGUUCCAUUCCGCACGUGUACGCGCGUGCUGUUACUUCCGAUUCAAAGGCCACUUCCCUUGACCUAAGUCAACCCGACUUCGAUAACAACGGCGGUGGUGCCGACGGAAACGGAAACGGUAACGGCUCUGGUGGCGGCGGCGGCGGUGGUGGUGGCGAAGGGGGAAGUGAUAACAACAAAGGCGACGAAGGAUCGGAUAGUAACAAGAGGAAAAUGGCUUUGUUAAUGUCUCAGAAAUUCACCCUAGCUUACGCUGCACUGGUCGGAGUGGGUGGUGUAAUGGGUUAUCUCAAGAGUGGCAGCCAGAAGUCACUUUUGGCUGGGGGUUUGUCUGCAUCGCUGCUGUAUUACAUUUAUACUGAGCUACCUGGAAGGCCGGUGUUUGCAUCAUCUCUUGGCCUUGGUAUAUCUGCUGCACUUCUAGGAGUGAUGGGUUCUCGUUUCAAGAAAUCAGGGAAGGUCUUUCCAGCGGGUGUUGUGUCACUUGUGUCGCUCAUAAUGACUGGUGGUUACUUGCAUGGAAUUAUGCGAGCACAUUAAAUAGAACGCAAGUAACGAAGGUGAGGUCGUAGGAUAUCUUGUAAACCUCUUGUAAUGAAGCUUGCGUUUGUCCUGUAGAUCCAUGGCUCUUAUGUUGGUCAUAAAUGUAGUUGACCUUUGUUGUCAAAUAAGGAUGUCGAGUAAGAACUUGCUUUUGGCUACUAUCGUAUGCACUGUUCUGUUUCAGUUGUAUUUGAACCAAUUCAUAUUUAGUUGUAAUCGUUCUUAAUUUUUCCAUAGUUACUGCAGCAAUGCUGUGAAAGAGAAAUAUAAUAAGAGAAACCCGGACCACAAUAUUAAAA